AUGAUGAGAAACUCUCAGCCGUCAACACCAUCAAAUGAUGCUCCUCCCCUUCCCAAGAGGCCUUGCAAAGCUCUUCUCAUAAGAGCCCAGUCACCUGAACCAGCUAGAGUGAACUCAGCCGCUCGUGAAGCUACCGGUUCAAAGAUGAAACCGAGGGAAAACACUGGUGAGAGAAGAGCCCCCUACAAAGCUCUUCGCAUGAGAGCCCAGUCACCUGAACCAGCUAGAGUGAAGCCAAAGGACCGUGAAGCUACCGGUUCAAAGAAGAAAUCGAGGGAAGACAGUACUGGUACGAGAAAAGCCCCCUACAAAGCUCUUCGCAUGAGAGCCCAGCCACCUGAACCAAGAUUUACACAAGUGAAGCCGAAGAAGACAAAUACUGCGAGAAAAGCCCCUACACCAAAAGCGGGGAGAACAAUCAAAGAACAAAACAAGGAGGAUGCUCGUGAAGGAACCAUGUCCGCAGAACCAGAAGCUAAGGAGACAGUUGCAAAGAAGAACCAUAAGCAAGACUAAGCGUGUAAGACCAAAGAGAAACAAUGACUGGUCGUCCGAGAUUUAUUUCUUAUCUUUUAAUUUUUGGUGUAAUUUCUGAAUUCUGAUUCUUAAUUUUGUGUUCUAUUCUAUCAUAAAUAUUAUCAGCUUGCUGUGAAUUUUUAAUCCAAUGUUUUCCUUUGAA